AUGGCUCAACAACAGACAGUUUCCUGUAAUGCUGGAUCUCAGAAUUCCCAAGAAACAGCAUCAUUAAACCUCAAAACACCAAAUGACAAUACGAACAAUAGUAGAACAGUGCAAUUGGAACCAAUUGCUGUGAUUGGCAUGUCUUGUGCUUUUGCCGGUGGAAUCGACUCGCCUGAAGCACUUUGGAAUGUUCUUAAAAACAGUAUUGAUGUUGGAAGUGAAAUUCCAAAAGAACGAUUUGAUAUUGAAUCCUAUGCUGCCCAUCAUUUUGACUCCAAUCCUUUAUUGAAAAAAACUAUGGCUCGUCGUGGUUACUUUUUAAAUCAGGAAAUGCUGGACAAGUUUGAUCCUUCAUUCUUUGGCAUUGUCGAUGGAGAAGCUAUGUCAAUGGAUCCUUGCCAUCGUCUUUUACUUGAAAAAUUUGUUCACCUUUUAGAAGACGCAGGUUAUACUAUGGAUCAAAUCAAAGAUUCUAGAACAGCUGUUUUUAUUGGUCAAUGCUCAAAUGAGCAUCAGGUAACAAUUGGUCGUCAAAAAACACUCACACGUUUCAUGGGACUCAAUAUGGCCCUCUGCAAUGCUUCUGCUCGUAUUGCCUUCCAUUUUGGUCUUCAAGGUCCUAAUCUAACGUUGGAUGCUGCCUGUGCAUCUUCCCUUCAAGCCAUACGCCUUGGAGUUGAAGCGUUAAGAAAUGGUGAGGUUAAUUUUGCAGUUGCUGGUGGGGUUAAUUUAAGCUAUACUCCUGAAACCUUUUAUAUCUUUUCACUUAUUGCUGCUGAUGGCGGUAUGAUGAUGGUAUCUCCAGACGGAAGGUCUCGUUGUUUUAGCGCAGAUGCAAAUGGCUAUGCGAGAGGUGAGGGCCUUGGCUUAGUGCUUCUCAAAAGAUUGAACGACGCUAUACGAGACAAUGAUCAUAUCCACUGUGUGAUCCGUGACGUAGCGACAAAUCAUGAUGGAAAUAAAUUCAAAACUGGCUAUAUUGUACCAUCACCUUAUCAACAAGGUGUAUUGCUUAAUGAAAUUUAUUCACGUAAUCAAAUUAAUCCAAACAAAAUCUUCUAUGUGGAAUGCCAUGGCACAGGGACUCAAGUUGGUGACCCAAUAGAGGCAAAUACUAUGGGUGCGUUUUUUAAUCGUUCUCAGUACAGUCCUCCACUUUUGAUUGGUUCUAUGAAAAGCAACAUUGGCCAUACCGAAAGUGCGUCAGGAGUUGCAGCUCUAAUUAAGAUUGCUUUAUGCAUGAGACAUCGUAUGAUUCCACCUAAUAUGCAUUUUACUCGUAUUAAUCCAAAGAUCCAUGCUAAACAGUACAAUUUGCAUGUGGUAAAUCAUUUAGUGCAAUUUCCAGACUGUAGUGUGACAAUGGGAAUUAAUAACUUUGGUAUGGGUGGUAAUAAUGCCCAUGCAAUUAUCGAUGAAUGGCCUCAAAACAAUAUAAAGAAUAUGUAUUGCGAAUAUAGUUUUGGAACUGAUCAACCUAUUCAAUCGCCGAUGCUAAACGGGGAUGAAAAAUGUUAUCGGAAAAUCAGCUGUAAUAAAUUGGAUAAUUGUUCUGAUGUUCUGCCUAUACCUCAUGCAAAUUCUAUUCAAAACCAACUUGAUCCAUUGAAGCAACAUUUUGUUUUGACUUUUUCUACAAAGUGUAGUCAGUCAAUGAAAAAUCAAAUGGAAAAAUUUUCUUCAUGGUUCUCAACAUUACCUGAACAGUUACUUGACAUUCAUCAAAAAUUAUUCUUCUCACAUUUAUCUCAUCAAGUUUUGGCAAAACGAACGACAAGUUUAUCACAUCGUAUUUCUUUUGUAUUUUCAAAUGCCAAACAAUUACAAAAACAAACUGCAUCUUAUUUGGCAAAUGAAGAUAAUUGUCCUGGUAUUAUCGUUACUCAACCAACAACACAUCAUUAUUAUAAUAGUAUUGAUAAUGUUUGUUUCGUAUUUAGUGGACAAGGUUCACUGGGAUGGGCAACGGGACGCGAAUUGUACUAUUCAGAACCUGUAUUUCAUCAGUGGAUAAAUAAAAUUGAUGUAGAGCUUGCACUUGCAUCAAACAAUUCAUUGUCACUUAUCCAAGAACUAAUCAAUACACAAAACGAACAAUCUUCUCGCAUUAAUGAUACAAAUAUUGCUCAACCGGCUAUAUUUGCUAUUCAAGUGGCGCUUGUUGCACUUUGGAUGUCAUGGGGGGUUCGUCCAAAAGCUAUUAUUGAAGCAGUCAAGGUAAUAUAUCAUCGUUCUCGUUUACAACAUCUUAAUACUCGUCAAGGUGGUCGUAUGCUUGCAGUAUCUAUUAGUGAAUCUGAAGCAAAAAGGCUAAUUUCUGGUAUUGAAGAUCGAGUUGCAAUUGCUGCUAUAAACAGUCCAAAAUCUGUUACAUUAAGUGGAGAUGAAGCUACACUUGAAGAGAUAUAUAAUAUUAUAAAUAUAACAAAACCAAAUAUAUUCAAAGCUUGGUUAAAAGUUGAAAAUGCAUUUCAUAGCAAACAAAUGGAAAGAUUUAAUAUUCAUGAGGAACUUAUAUUAUCUAUUAAAGAUGUUAAAGGCGAUUUAAUCAAAGAUAAAGAUAAGUUAUUUGAUCAGACAUGUUCAAAUGCAGUACUUUAUUCGUCUGUUACCGGAUCUCGUGCAGAUUCCUCAAUGGUUGUCUUCAAUUCCGAUCAUUGGUGGAAAAAUAUGAGAAAUACUGUUUUAUUUUACAAUGGCAUUCAAUCUAUUCUUAAUGAUUUUAGUUCUAAUCCAAUUCGAGUAUUUAUAGAAAUAUCAUCUCAUCCGGUUCUUGCAACAUCGAUUCAGGAGUGUAUUGAUUCUUUUACUGAAUCACAGUCAUCAAUAAUUAUCCAUUCAUUGAAACGAAAACUAGAUGAACAGCAAACAAUUUUAUCAUCAGUAAGUCGUCUAAUUUCAUUUUCUGGAUCUAGUUGGAAUACAUUUUGGCAAUCUCGUUAUUAUUCAAAUCUUGUUACAACAACAGGCAAACAAGAUAAAAUAUCAAGGUUAAUUUACUCUUAUAUUAAUGAAUUACCUCAUUAUACCUUUAAUCGACAAGCUUGUUGGUUUGAAUCAAACGAAUCUAUAUUUAUAAGGCGAGCAAUAAAAAAACAACAUCAUCCGUUACUUGGUUAUCUAGUGCAAGGGAAAAUAUUAUUUCCUGCUACUGGUUUUAUUGAACUAGCAAUUGCAGCUGUAAGUGAACUUUUAUCUCUUUCAUUAGGUCAAAACACAAGAGUACAUUUGGAUUCAAUGGCCUUUGAAAAUAUUCAGUUUUAUAAUGGACUUAUUUUAAAAGAAAAUGAGACAACACAAAUUGAUACAGUUAUAAUAAUGCCAUUUCGCGAAUUUUUUAUUUAUAGCCGUCGUAUUAAUGAUAAGAAUUAUUUGCGUCCCAAUGGAUUGGAUGGUACUGAUAUUAUAAAUUCGUUUUCGGAUGAGAAAUCAUUAAAUAUUUAUUCGUCAAAAGAAUGGACUUUGAAUGUACAUGGUACUAUGAAUAUGGAGAUUGAUAUUUCAUUGGCUACUUCUCUCUACAACAUAGAUUCUAUUUUAAAUCGUUUUUCUGACAGUAAUACCACUUUGAAAAUGCAACGCGAAGAUGAAAUUACAAAUUUGUACGGUUUCCUUUCUGGUCGAGGAUAUUCUUAUGGACCAAAUUUUCAAUGUAUCAAAUCAUUGUGUAAAACACAUAAUGAAGUAUUAACUGAAAUCACUACCCCUCCUAUUCUAUUGCAAAAGGACAAAGAUCUCAAACAGCAAUAUUUCUUUCAUCCUGCACUACUUGAUUCUUGUUUACAAGGAAUGAUUACUAUUAUACCAGGUGACGAAACUUUUAUUCCUGUCUUUAUUGCAAAAAUUAUUGUGUGUGGUGAAGACAAAAGACUUCCGUCUAUUACUACAAACAAAUACUCGAUGAAACCACAAAAAACAUUUGCUUUUGGUACUUUUGAUGUACCUGUCAGAAGUGUUAUGGUAAAUGAAACACAUACAGGUGAUCUUCUUAUAUUUAAUUCUACUGUACCGUCCACUUCGGCACCAACAGACGCAGUAAUUGCCGUCUUUCAAGGGAUUAGAAUGCAAUCAAUUUCUGGUGGUGCAACUCAUUCCAAGUCAAAAAUAUUCGAACGACUUAAACAAACCUGUAUGAUCGGUGAUAAUACUAUUGAGCUUGACACGUUAAUGGAUCGUUUUUGUUUCAAACUAGUGUGGAAACAUUCCGAUGCUCUCUCUAAUUGUUCGGAGUUGUUUCCCACAUCAGAAGUAUUAUUAAAUAUGACUAUUCCAAUUAAACAUGAUAAUAAUGAUAUGAACAAUAAAAUUUUAAAUACCCGUACCACAAUCGAACAAAGCAGUAUCCAAAAUGAUAAAGAAAUUUCUGAAUCAAUGAGUUUGAUAAAUGAGCUUUCAGCACAAUAUAUUUUAAUGUUUCUAAAACAAUUACUAAAUAUUAUCUCCUUUAAUAAUUCAGAUAUACAUUUAACGCGGUCCAAACUAAUAUCAAUUAUUCUUCCAUCACAUUACAAUCUAUUCGAUGCACUAAUGGAUUUUCUUCAAAAUCAGGGAUAUAUUGAUAAAUCUGUGGUAAAUAAUCAAACGGAUGAUCAACAAUGGAAAUUUCUAGACGAACGUUUCAACGAUGUUUCUUUGAUUACUGAACACACUAUUAAUAUGUUCGUUGCAAAGCUUCUUAAACAAUUUCCUGGAUUUAGAUCAAUUGUAUCGCUCGUUACCUUGAGUGGAUCUAAUCUGUUUCCGGUAUUAACUGGUAAACAGGACGUAAAACAAUUACUGCUUGGAUCAGAAAACGAUGCUAUGUUAAAAGACUUUUAUUCACUUAUAUCAAAGACAAAUGUACGAUUACCAUUUAUGGCGUUGGUACAACACAUGAACAAUCAGAUAAGUGAACAACGAAAUUACAAUAAUAGUAAAAAGAAAUGGGUACUAAGAGUAUUAGAAGUAGGAGCUGGUAAUGGUGAAACAACAAUUGAGAUUUUAAAGAUUUUACUUGAUUUCGCUAAUAGUACUGAUACAAGAAUAGAAUAUACAUUUACUGAUAUUUCCGUUAGUCUGUUUGACAAUACGCAGCAAGUGUUUGCUAAAUUGAUAAAAGAAAACAAUAAGAAGCUUUUAAAUAUCAAUUACCAAAUGUUUGAUUUGGAACAAAAUUCACUACAUCCGUCUUCAACUAAUAAUCCACAGCAGACGUUAAAUCCUGAAUUAUUCGAUAUUAUAUUUGCUGCAAAUGUUGUACAUGAAACGUCAAACAUAGUGCUUUCGAUAGCACAUCUUCGACAAUUACUUGCACCUGGUGGAUUCAUUCUUUUAGUUGAAACAUCACCACUAUCCUGUUUGGAUUUGGUAUUUGGGUUGUUUCCACAACGGUGGAAAUUUAACUCAAAUGAUCCUGUUUAUCAGACAUCUAAACGUGUGAUAAUUACACGUGCAGAGUGGUUUUAUGCCUUUAGUCUUGCUAGUGGUUUCAGUCAGGUUGAUGCUGCCACAACAGAGUACGCUCAGACAACAAUUAUUGCCCAGAAAUCAACAUCGUCAGCAAUUCUGACCAUUCUUCCAGAACGACAACAACAAUCCUGGAUCAUUUUCUGUGAUAGCAAGCAAAAAUUUGGUGAAAAAAUUGCAGAUAGAUUGCAAAAUACGUUUAAUGUUAAAAAUAUAACACUAGUUUGGUUUUCAGAUGUAAUGAACGGCAAUCAGGAUUAUAAUUCGGCCAGUUCAUUAAAGCACAGUACGAUUAACAGUAAUUCCAUCUCUGCUGGUAUACAAAAUCUUUUUCAAGACACUAUAUCAAAAAAUAUCUUACUUAACAUAAUAUUUACAUGGUCACUCGACUUAGAAAGAUUCGACGAGAAUAAUGAAAUUAAUAACACAGUUGAUAAUAAUUUUCAUACUUUUGAAUAUCAAGCUGAAGUCGUAUGCAGUGUUUUAAUGUACAUUGUAAAAUCAAUCCAGUUUCUUUCGCAAGAUAUUCUACCAAAUAUUUUCAUAAUUACACAAAAUGCACAAGCUAUUACGAACAAGUACAACAAUGCUUUGGAUUUCAAUCCAGCUCAGUCACCUGUAGUUGGUUUCGCAAGAUCGCUUAUAAAUGAAUAUGCCGUACGUCGUCUCAAAUUGAUUGAUAUACAAGCAUUCAAGAACAAUUUGUCAUCACACCUGUUUGAUGAAAUACUAAGAGAAAUGUUUUCUUUUAUUUCUUAUUCUCCAAAUAGUGUAGAUGAAGAAGAAAUUGCCUUAUGUUAUUGCCCUUGUGACGAUAACAACAACGUUGUACAUAGAUUGAUCCCUUUAUUCACAAAGAUUAAUCAAACAGAAAUCACGGACGAUGAAAUUGAAACAGUCAAUCAAAAAACAAAAAUAAUUAAUCAAAACCGUGAUUGUGAAUCUGUUCAUUUUAAAUUAAAAGUACCACAGUCACGAUUCUUAACUGAUCUCAAAUGGGUUACAAUUAUUUCGAAUUCAUGCCCUCUUGGUCCAACCGAAAUUGAAAUUAAAGUUUACAGUGUUGGUAUCAAUUCCAGUGACAUCUUGAAAGCACGUGGUUUGUAUCCUCAUACUCAACAGAUUGGAAUUGACUAUAAGCAACUAAAUUUGAAUGCGCUAGAUGAAGAAAUCGGUUCGGAUUUUUCUGGUGUUAUUAUGCGUCUUGGUUCCGAAGUAACUAAUUCUCUAAAUAUCGGAGACCAAAUUUUUGGACGAACAGCGGAAGUUGGAGCAUUUAAAUCGCAUAUUAUUGUAGAGCAACAUAGCAUUGUUUGUGCACCGUCAAAUCUUACUCCGGAAGAACUAUGCACAUUACCAACUGCGUUUUUAACAGCAAUAUAUGGUCUUCGUGACCGUGCUCAUUUAGAAUCCGAACAAACUGUCUUAAUCCAUGCUGCAGCAGGAGCUGUUGGACUAGCAGCAAUUCAAUAUUGUCGAAUGGUUGGUAAUGUUACUAUUAUUGCAACAGCUGGGACACGAGAAAAACGAAAGUUUUUACAUGAAAUAUGUGGAAUUGAACAUGUAUUUAACAGCAGAGAUUUGUCAUUUGUAUCGCAAAUUCAACAAGUUACGCCUGUUGGUGUUAAUGUAAUUCUCAACUCACUAACUGAUGAUUUUCUUCAAGAAUCAGUAAAAUUGCUCGCACCUCAAGGACAUUUUCUUGAAAUUGGAAAACGAGAUAUAUUUGCAAAAUCAAAAUUAUCACUAUUUCAAUUAAGAACGGAUUGUAGUUUUCAUGUGCUUGAUUUAAAUGCUUAUCACAAAGCUUGUCCAAAAAAGUUUAAUGCAUUGUUAAAGGAUAUUUCACAGUAUUGUGAACAUGGUAUAUUGAAUCCAAUUUCACCAAUGAUGAUAUUUGAAGCGUCGCACGUCAAUAAUGCAUUCAAAAUUUAUGGUGAAGCAACUCACAUUGGAAAAUUUGUUGUCAGAGUUACCGGAUCUGAGAAACAAUUGCAAGUUAGUGACGAAGCGGAAAAAUUAAAGAAUGUUGUGCACCAUAGUAAGUUUUUAUGCAUUUUAGAUAUCAGUGAAAUUACGCCUAAUGUUUAACUACUCCCAUGUAUGAAAAACUAGAAUCUCUGUUUUUAACGAAUGAAAGGCGACAUACAUUCCGUUUCAAAAUAUAGCGUCCAUGAAUGUUUUCUGAAUAACGUGUGAUAGAAACUUGUAGUUUCCAGCAAUCGAUAGUCAAGACCUAACCAUAUUAAGUCAGUUGCGAAAUUUUCAAAGUGUGUUGGGCCAAAACUGAUUGCAGAUUCGGACUCUCCACAGCCGGUUACUUUGUACGCAACAUAUUUAGAAUCGGACACUCUAGAAAAAUUUAUCAGUCUCAUUCAGCCCUUAAUCCUUUCCAGGAACUUCGUGGCCAAAACAAUGGAGAAAAUUUUUCUGAAAUAUCCCGAUUCAACACUUGUUACUUGCAAGGUAAUCGACUAUAGAGAGUACGAAUCUGCAAUCAGUUUUGGCCGAGCAUGCUCUUAAAAUUUCUUGAUUGAAUUGAUAUGCACAUCUUUUCAAUGGAAACAUUUUUGAAAAUUUUUUGAAAAGGUUUUCAAAAGCGCUUAGGAAAACCAGAUCGGAUAUCAAAAUUUGAAACAACAAUAUAUUCACUCUUUCUACAUGCCUGCAUAGCAGUAAAUAAGUGAUUGAUACUCGGCAUCAAAUUUCCCGAGUGCCCCUGAACUGAUAUUUAGUGACCUCUGAAACCGAUGAGACAUUGAAACGAAAACCUAAGUUACCUGAAAUAACUCAUUUUUUGACUAUUUUCACGAAAAAUUAAAAAAUCCAUAAAUCACUACGAUAAGAAGCAAAUGACUCGAAAGUUUUAAAUAUAUAAUCAGUUUGAGGUGCUUAACAUUAUUAGGCACCUCUGAGAGGAAAAAACUGGCAGAACUAGGUCGGUUUUUCAUUUGGUUUUCUAGAAAAGUUUGUGGCUAAAAAUACAUUCUCAUCUCAAUUUCAAUCGUUUAGCAUGUUAAGUACCGCAUACUGAGUAUACAUUUUGAACUUUCGAGUCAUUUGCUUCUUAUCGUAGUGAUUUAUGGAUUUUUUAAUUCUCCGUGAAAAUAGUCAAAAAUUGAGUUAUUUCAGGUAACUUAGGUUUUCGUUAACUAAUGUCUCAUUCAGGGUUGGAUAUCAGUUCCGGAACACUCGAGAAAUUUGAUGCCAAGUACUAACCACUCACUUGCUGCUUUGUAAGCACGUAAAAAAAGCGAAUAUAUUGUUAUUUCAAAUUUUGAAUAUCCGAUCUGAUUUUCCAAAGCGCUUUUGAAAACCUUUUCAAAAAAUUUUCAAAAAUGUUUCUUUUGAAAAGAUGUGCAUAUCAAUUCAAUCAAGAAAUUUCAAGAGCAUGCUCGGCCAAAACUGAUUGCAGAUUCGCACUCUCGUCGCAUAAGCAUUCACAUUUACCAUUUAUUUUUGUGGACACAAACUGUUUCUUUCGCUUUACGGUAGAACAAAAUGAAGUUAAUCUGUGCCAUUGAUUUGAUGGUAGCUUAUAAGCUGUAUCUUUAUCUCGUUGUCUUUGGUUUUUUGCAAUAAAACCUCCAAUGUGAAAUAGCGUCAAGAAAAUUGUUACCAGCAUUGUAAUUCGACUGUUUUAUAAUACCCGCAU